AUGGAAGAGCACGCGACCAUCCAUGACCAGGUUCGCGGAAAAGGCCCCAUGAAACCAGAACAGAGCCACAAAGACAAGAUGAAAGUUAAUAAUGACAGCCAAUUCAAGAAGUCGGCCAGAGCAAACAGAGGCGGGAGGUACGAUUUCUACACUCCUCUGAACGCUCCAAGAGUCCACAUCCUGGAGGAAGCCAACAACAAUAACCUACUAGCCCUUCCGUCACCCGGCCACACGCCCAACAGCGCCGACAAGUCCAAGCACUGUCAAUACCACAGGAACUAUGACCACACCACGGAGGAAUGUCGCACGCUCCGGGAUCGCAUCGAAGAACUCAUCCAGGCAGGCCACCUUGGCCAGUACGUCCAACGACAGCAAAGUCACCGAGGUGGCUCAGGAGGCCCGGGACGAGCGAGAGGCCGCGGGCCAGGAGCUCGCGCGGACCUACCCACAGGGUCCCAACAACAUGCUAGUGGCGCAGUUCAAGCCAAAAUAACUCAGGAGACGGAAUCGGCCCCCUUGCGGGGAGUAAUCAACACAAUUGCGGGCGGCUUCGCUGGAGGAGGCGCCAGCAGCUCGGCCCGGAAAAGGCACCUUCGAAGUAUCAACUAUGCCCACUCUACCGCUUCGAUCCCGCACAGCAGCUCGCCGUCGAUCUCUUUUUUCGACGAGGACUACGCAGGCAUUAACCCUAACCAAGAUGAUCCCAUGGUCAUCGUAGUGGAGGUCGCCAACUGGGAAGUACAAAAGACACUCAUCGACCAAGGAACCUCGGACGACGUCCUGUCAUGGCCAAUGUUUCUCAGGCUAGACGUCCCUCAUUCUCUCAUCCAACCACACACAGAGCCCCUAAUUCUCUCAUCCGGGGUCGAGUACGAACCUCGAUAUCCUCAGUUAAAGGUCGAAUUCGAACCUUAA